AGCGUGGCAGCUUUAUCGCGACAGUCCACAUAAUUCUUGAAGAUCGAUUCGCUACCAACAUUAGUCAGAAAGUACACUUAAUCUGCGCUGGUGCGAGAAUUGACGAAUUGCACUGUAUGCUGUCAUUGAGCUUUGGCUCUCGGCGUGACUCUGCCCCGCGCUCCGACAUCGCUAUAGUGCAAAAUUUGGUGCUCGAGCUCUGUUUGAUAUAAACUCUCAACUAUCACCUCGAUAGCUACCAAUUGAGCGCGCAACAAGCCCCUCCAAUUGACAAUCGCAAUAUCCAAAAUGGCGCAACAGUCUGUGUUGAUGCUCGGCGCGGGCUUCGUCACUCGGCCUACACUUGAUGUCUUGACCGAGGCCGGCAUCCCCGUCACUGUUGCAUGCCGAACCCUCCAGACUGCCCAGGGUCUUUCCGCUGGCGUGAAGCUCGCGACACCUAUUUCGCUCGACGUUACUGACCCCAAGGCGCUGGAUGCCGAGGUCGCCAAGCAUGACUUGGUCAUCAGCUUGAUCCCUUACACUUUCCAUGCCACCGUCAUCGAGUCUGCUAUUCGAAACAAGAAGAAUGUGGUGACCACCAGCUACGUUUCCCCGGCCAUGAUGGAGCUGGACCAGAAGUGCAAGGAUGCCGGAAUCACUGUCAUGAAUGAGAUUGGUCUUGAUCCCGGUAUUGAUCACUUGUAUGCCGUCAAGACUAUCGAUGAAGUCCACCAGGCUGGCGGCAAGAUUCUCUCUUUCCUCUCGUACUGUGGUGGUCUUCCCGCGCCUGAAGCCUCAGAUAACCCCCUGGGCUACAAGUUCUCUUGGUCUUCGCGCGGCGUCUUGCUCGCCCUGAGAAACGCCGCCAAGGUCUACCAGGAUGGCAAGGUUGUCGACAUUGCUUCCAAGGAUCUUAUGGCUACUGCUAAGCCCUACUUUAUCAUGCCAGGAUACGCCUUCGUCGCUUACCCCAACCGUGAUUCUACCCCUUACAAGGAGCGAUACAACAUUCCAGAAGCCGAUACUAUCACUCGUGGUACUCUGAGAUACCAGGGCUUCCCCCAGUUCAUCAAGGUUCUUGUCCAGACCGGUUUCUUGGAGGAGACUCCUAUCGAAGCCCUCAAGACCCCUAUUACCUGGAAGGAGGCUACUAAAGCCAUUCUCGGCAUCUCUUCUUCCGAACCUAAAGACCUGGAAGCUGCUAUUGUUUCGAGAGCCGAUUUCGACUCCGAUGAGGACCGUGAACGAAUUCUCUCUGGUCUCCGAUGGAUUGGCAUCUUCUCUGAUGAGAAGAUCACACCUCGUGGCAACUCUCUCGAUACCCUCUGCGCUGCCCUCGAGCAGAAGAUGCAAUUUGAGGAGGGUGAGCGCGAUAUGGUCAUGCUCCAGCACAAGUUUUUGAUUGAGCACAAAGAUGGCUCUCGCGAGACUCGUACUUCCACCCUUGUCGAGUACGGUGACCCCAAGGGUUACAGUGCCAUGGCUAAGACGGUUGGAAUUCCAUGCGGUGUUGCUGCUAAGCAGGUCUUGAAUGGAACGCUGUCUGAGAAGGGUAUCCUGGCUCCUAUGUCUGCCAAGAUUAACAAUCCUAUCAUGAAGGAGCUCAAGGAGAAGUACGGCAUCGAGAUGAUUGAGAAGACUGUUCUGUAGAUAUAUAUUUCCGUCAAGGGAAAAAAAGAACGAUAAAAAAGUAAAAAGAAAGAAAGAAAAAUUAGGAUUUCUUGAAUCAGUAAAAUUGGAUCAAUAAAAAGUGUCUACUUGUGAUGAGUGAUAAAGAAUUGGAUACCAACUAGUUCAGAACAUUUGUUGCAUGAUUUGAUUUGAAUCUCGUUCUCUUCCUUCGUUACUUAUGAUAGAACAUAGCCACCAAGGUUUAUCAUUAUAAAAGCC